AUGAAUCAAAUACAGCAACAACAGCAGAACCCUCUGGUAGGGUCAAACGGAACUACUUUGCCUGUGGUCGUUGACACUCGACGACCAUCUGGACGUCCCAAGCAUAAUUCAUACACCGACCUGAUGAAACCAGGGGAGAGCUGGGAGGAUCUCCCUGAUGCCGCUGAGCGGAGGAGAAUUCAGAACCGUCUAGCACAACGGGCAUACCGCCGAAACAUGCGCGACCGCACGAAAGAGGUCGAGCUCCUCAAAAGCCAAGUCAAAAAUCUUCAAGAAGCCAUGAACAGCAACAGCAGCACCCCCAACGAUAGCAAUAGCGGCAGCAUCAGCGCGAGCGCCAGUACUAGCGACGGGGACGACCGUCCCACGCGAGCCUCGUCUCAAGUCAGUACUAGCAGCGUCUCUCCCGGUCCCCGCGACCCCCCGAGUACAUAUUUCCCGUCCCCAGACCAGGAGAUGCUGGGCGAUGGACUGAGUUGGCCGACGGACCUGGACCACGACUUCACCAAUUGCUUCGAUAAAACCAAAGACAUUACAGCGACUGUCACAAGUAUGCCGACCUCUGCAUCGCCUUCGACGAUGGCCUCGACAGCGAGUGCCCAGAACGCGAUGCGAUGGCUGGAGUCCGAUGUCUACUAUCCUUUCCCGCCCCCAUCGCCCCCCAACGUCGACCCUAUGCUGCGCUCAAUGCCAAGCAACAUGUCCGACACGCAACGGCGAAUCGCCUCGGGCUGUUCCCUGUCCAGCCGUGAUCCUGAGGCAGACGAGCCUUUGAUUCAUAUUGCUAUUUCACGCGGCACAAUUGAUACUCUCCAAUUGUUGCUAAUGACUUAUCCCAUAUCUGUGAAUGUCCGAGACCGGGCGGGCUACACACCACUCCAACGAGCUGUUAUUACGGGGCGGACAGACAUGAUGAAAUUGCUCAUUGAACACGGUGCGGACGCGGGAUUGUAG